CCUGGUGCUGCGGUCGCCCUUAACUUACCACAACAACAAACUACGAAGAUGCCGCGUGCUAGAGGAAGGAAGCGAGCUUGCUCCCAAAGACAGAUGUCUACAUCGCAGAACAAGAGGGCAAAACCCACAGUGAUAAACCUGGAUGUUACGUACUCCAGUGAUGAGGCACGCAGUCCAAGUCCCUGUACUCCGAAACCUGUUUCUGAGCCUCAGGUUUCUCUUGAUUUAAGCCCAGAUGUCAGGAGGCGGGGCAUCAUGUCUGACUCUGACUCGGACUGCACCCCGGUAACCCCUGUGUGUUUGACUUCACCUGCCAAAAUGGACCAAGUGAAUGGGGAUGAUGAGAUGCUUAGCAGCAGCUCUGUAGAUGACUUGUUUUAUGUGGAUUAUAACUUGUACCAUCAGAAGGCAAUGGAGAUAGCUGCCAUGGAGAUCAAGAAUAUGGAAAAAAAAUCCAAGUCGGAAUCAUGUGAGCAGAGAAAGGAAUGUGAUCUUUCACCUGAGCUUUUCCAAGAAAACGAUGAUGUUUCUAUCAUAGACGACGUAAGAGAUGAGAACCCGAGCCUAGAAUCUCCCGCAUCUCCGUCACUAUUGGAUGUCAAGAUAUCUAAAAGGAAAAAAAUAAAGCAUAAUCGAAAGACUAUCAAAUCUCUUAAGUUUUUAAAUUCUUUAUCGGAAAGGAUGAAAAAGCAAGAGGAGAUGGAAGACAACUUCAACCUGAGUUUAAAUAAUGAUGUAGUUCUGAUCUGUGAUGAUGAAGAUACUGAGAUUACCCUUCGAGUAAAAUGGGGAUCGGACUAUCUUCGUCUUCCAAUGAAAUCACUUGGAAUGACAGCUCGGGUCACCUGCCAACCAACGAGAAGUGUUGAAGGAGAUGGACUGAAACCGGUCUUGAGGCGUCACUUUAUGAUCUACCUACCUGAUUAAUUGUACAGGACACUACCCCUCAUCUUUGCAGUGGUAAAGAACCUGUGUUCCUGUCAUCUGGACUGACUAUUCGAGGCUAUAGACUCUGUGAAGAACUAGUCGUUGGGUUGUCACUAAACACCUGUGACCCCCCCCCCCCCACAUCAUCAUCAACGGCUACAAUUUCUACAAGACGGUGUCAACCUCAACCAGACACCCCAGUAUAACUGUACAUAUUAGCGUUGAAUUCAAAUGUCAUUUUUCCAUUUCACUUUUCAUUUUUCUUUAAAGUAGGAUACACCUUCAUGUUUCUAUGUUUUAUCUUUGCAUUACUAAAUAAUAAAGUGCUUACUUUGUGAAUUAUUUCUUUUUCUAUUCGUUAAUUUUCCUGAGGAGGAGCCAGCCUUGGUAAUACUGUCUGAAGUUGUUACAGGGCUGAGUAAACCUUCACAAGUAGCGACCUUGCCAGGAUCAACUCUACUGAAUCAAGAUUCAACUCCAUCUCGAAUCUAUCAUUGAAACUUCAACGCCGCAUACCACAGACGGCUACCACCAGCCAUGAGUAGUCAU